UGAAACAGCAAAAACCUCUACAAUGCUCACUAAACACACUUUUCGAAAAUUCGAACAAAAAUGACAGCUGAAAACAUGAAAAAAAUCUCCCUUCUUUUCCGCUAAAACGUCAAAAACUUCUUAGCGUACAAUGGCCAAGUCAAAGAAUCACACCAACCACAACCAAAACAGAAAAGCCCAUCGUAAUGGCAUCAAGCGCCCAAUGCGUAAACGCCAUGAAUCCACUUUGGGUAUGGAUGUCAAAUUCUUGACCAACCAACGUUUCGCCCGCAAGAACAACUUGACCCGCGCCGAGGCUGACCAACGUUACAAGGAUCGCGUUGCCGCCCAAGCCGGCAAGAAGAAGCCUGUUUCCCUCCAAGAAUAGAGUGGUGGUGUUGUGUGCUUUGUGUUUUCUAAGAAAAUAAACAAACAGAAAAAAUGAUUCUUUGAAAAAAGAAAAUGAAA